AUGUUCAAAUCCGCUGUUGUCUUCCUUGCCAUCGUUGCCUGCGUUGCUGCCAAAACCGGACUCCUGGGUGCUCCUCUGGCCUACACUGCUCCACUGGCCUACUCUGCUCCCGCUGCAGUGAUCGCUGCUCCUGCUCCAGUCGUGACCGCCACCAGCAGCCAGGUGAUCGCCAGGAACUACAAUGGAAUCGCCGCCGCUCCAGUGAUUGCUCCCGUGGCUGCUCCAGUGGUCGCCAAGUACGCAACUGCUCCUCUGGCUGCUCCCAUCGCCGCCGCUCCAGUGAUUGCUCCCGUGGCUGCUCCAGUGGUCGCCAAGUACGCAGCUGCUCCUCUGGCUGCUCCUUUGGCCUAUUCCUCCCCUUGGCUUACUCCUCCCCCUUGUCUUACUCCGCCCCCUUAG